AAGUUCGGUGUACGUGGGGGCGUUUCCACAUAGGGGAUGUCUGUGGAAAUGGUUUCCGAUCAUCGGACUGUGUGCGUUUGUGUUUGUGUCAGUUCCUGUGGGUGUACUGGUGUGAGUGAUGUGGUGAGGCCAUGUGGCAAAGGGCUGGGCCUGGUCAACCCCCGCCCCGCGGCUACCUGCUCCUCCUCUCAGGCCUCUGUGAGGUCCAUGCUAGGGCCUUCUGCCCCCUCGGCUGUCCCAGGGCCCUGGGCUGGCAGGCUUCUUCAGGGCAGGGCUGGGUAUGGUGGUGCCUGCUCUGCGGACUGCCAUUUUGGGUGGACCCAACCAUGGGAAGGUCACUACGGGGGAAGGAAUGCCCAUGCUCUGGGCCGGGACAGUCCGAGAUGGUGGUCUUGGUGACUUCUGCCCCCCCAUUCUCUCCAGAGGAUGUUUGCAGGUGUGGGGUGUUCCGUGUAUCACUGCCUCAUCUCCUUGUGACUUCUGUCUGUGUUCCAGUCUCCUUUCCUUAGGAUCAGAGGAGAUGAGGAGGGGUGUCUCUCCGGGCUCCCUCUGGAGCCCUCGGCUUGGGGUCUACAGUGUCCCCUCCUUAGCAGGGGAGCCUAACCCAUCUUCUGUCCCUCCUCCCUGCAGAGGGGGAAGUGAGAAGGAGGGGAUCAGGGACCCUGCCUUCUGGGCCAGGAAAGCUGAAAAAGCAGAAGUAAGGGGAGUAACUGGGCCCUCUGGCUACCGGCUUGGGCCCCACCAUGCAGACCCCGGCAGAUUUCCCCAGAGUUGAGAGGGACUCACUCCCCUGUCCCAGAAAGGAUGAGGGUGUCCUCAAGGAGAUCUCCAUCACGCACCAUGUCAAGGCAGGCUCUGAGAAGGCCGACCCAUCCCAUUUUGAGCUCCUCAAGGUUCUGGGCCAGGGAUCCUUUGGCAAAGUCUUCCUGGUGCGGAAGGUCACCCGGCCUGACAGUGGGCACCUGUAUGCCAUGAAGGUACUAAAGAAGGCGACACUGAAAGUGCGUGACCGCGUUCGGACCAAGAUGGAGAGAGACAUCCUGGCUGACGUAAACCACCCGUUUGUGGUGAAGCUGCACUAUGCCUUCCAGACUGAGGGCAAGCUCUACCUUAUUCUGGACUUCCUGCGCGGCGGGGACCUCUUCACACGACUCUCUAAAGAGGUUAUGUUCACGGAGGAGGAUGUGAAGUUUUACCUGGCCGAGCUGGCUUUGGGCCUGGAUCACCUGCACAGCCUGGGCAUCAUUUACAGAGACCUGAAGCCUGAGAACAUCCUCCUGGAUGAGGAAGGCCACAUCAAACUCACUGACUUUGGCUUGAGCAAGGAGGCCAUUGACCACGAGAAGAAGGCCUAUUCCUUCUGCGGAACGGUGGAGUACAUGGCCCCCGAGGUCGUCAACCGCCAGGGCCACACCCACAGUGCAGACUGGUGGUCCUAUGGGGUGUUGAUGUUUGAGAUGCUGACGGGCUCCCUGCCCUUCCAGGGAAAGGACCGGAAGGAGACCAUGACACUGAUUCUGAAGGCGAAGCUAGGCAUGCCCCAGUUUCUGAGCACGGAAGCCCAGAGCCUCCUUCGGGCCCUGUUCAAGCGGAAUCCUGCCAAUCGGCUCGGCUCCGGUCCUGAUGGGGCAGAGGAAAUCAAGCGGCAUGUCUUCUACUCCACCAUUGACUGGAAUAAGCUGUACCGGCGUGAGAUCAAGCCACCCUUCAAGCCGGCCGUGGCACAACCCGAUGACACCUUCUACUUUGACGCUGAGUUCACGUCCCGCACGCCCAAGGACUCCCCAGGCAUCCCACCCAGCGCUGGUGCCCAUCAGCUGUUCCGUGGCUUCAGCUUCGUGGCCACUGGCCUAAUGGAGGACGACGGCAAGCCUCGGGCCAUGCAGGCGCCCCUGCACUCGGUGGUACAGCAACUACAUGGAAAGAACCUGGUUUUUAGCGAUGGCUAUGUGAUAAAAGAGACGAUUGGUGUGGGCUCCUACUCUGAGUGCAAGCGCUGUGUCCACAAGGCCACCAACAUGGAGUAUGCUGUCAAGGUCAUCGACAAGAGCAAGCGAGAUCCCUCAGAAGAGAUUGAGAUUCUUCUGCGGUACGGGCAGCACCCCAACAUCAUCACUCUGAAAGAUGUGUACGAUGAUGGCAAACAUGUAUACCUGGUGACAGAGCUGAUGCGGGGAGGGGAGCUGCUGGAUAAGAUCCUACGACAGAAAUUCUUCUCGGAGCGUGAAGCCAGCUUCGUCCUGCACACCAUCAGCAAGACCGUGGAGUACCUGCACUCCCAGGGGUUGACUGGGCCACUGGCAGCCUGCCCACAUGGAGAACUGACGCAGGCCCUCUGCCCCCAGGUGGUGCACAGGGACCUCAAGCCCAGCAACAUCCUGUACGUGGACGAGUCUGGGAAUCCCGAGUGCCUGCGCAUCUGCGACUUUGGCUUCGCCAAGCAGCUGCGGGCUGAGAAUGGGCUCCUCAUGACACCUUGCUACACUGCCAACUUCGUGGCACCCGAGGUGCUGAAGCGGCAGGGCUACGAUGAGGGCUGUGACAUCUGGAGCCUGGGCGUUCUGCUCUACACCAUGCUGGCGGGAUACACUCCAUUUGCCAACGGACCCAGUGACACACCAGAGGAAAUCCUGACCCGGAUCGGCAGUGGGAAGUUCACCCUUAGUGGGGGAAAUUGGAACACGGUUUCAGACACAGCCAAGGACCUGGUGUCCAAGAUGCUGCAUGUGGACCCCCACCAGCGCCUCACAGCUAAGCAGGUCCUGCAGCACCCAUGGAUCACCCAGAAAGACAAGCUUCCCCAGAGCCAGCUAUCCCACCAGGACCUGCAGCUUGUGAAGGGAGCCAUGGCAGCUACAUACUCCGCACUCAACAGCUCCAAGCCCACCCCUCAGCUGAAGCCCAUCGAGUCGUCUAUCCUGGCCCAACGGCGGGUGAGGAAGCUGCCGUCCACCACCCUGUGAGGGGCCAGAGCAUCCAGGCCGCAGAGCCGUGCGAGCUCGAUGGAGACAGCAUACUUCCCAGAGGGAGCAGGCCUGAGUCACAGCGCCAGAGGGAACGGAGCCAAGCAGCCCAGGAAGCAGCCAGCCCAGAUCACCCCAGGGAGGGUGUGAGAAGUGCCUUCUUCCCCAGGACGGACUCUUCUCGGCUCAGGCUCUGCUGGUUGAAAUCGAUUCACUGUACAAACUCUUAUGUUUUUUUAAGGAAAAAAAUGGCAUCAACCACCAUGGAUUUUUGCAAGAUCCAUUUGCCUUUCUGGGAGCAGAAACAGCCAGUUCAGCCCCAAGAGGGGCACUGAGUCACACUAGGGCUGUCUGUGGCUGAGACUCCUUAGAGCAGCUUUAGGGUCCCCCCAGGGGAAGCCCUGCGGUUGGCCAUCUGUAGCCAUCUGCACCCACCUCCAGGGCAGUCCAGUGUCACCUUCCAGAGCCCUUGGCUGUUUAGCGGAACUUGCUCUAUCCCCAUCAGCUCUUUUUCUGUUCUAUUCUGCUGAGGGAUCUGGAACCACUUCCUGCUAGAGGAGAGGACCGAGGCCCCGUGGCUCCCAGCUCCAGGCACCAGCAUCCACAUUGGCCCCACCACUGGGGUCCCCUACAGUCAGAUUGGGCAGCCCCUGAGGGAGCAUCUGGAAAGCACUUUUUGGCUGACUUCUGUUGGAGUCUGCCACAGGACAGAGCUCAUGAGAGGCCUGUGGGGCGGGCCAAGAGGGGCAGGGGCUUUUUCAUUUUUUCCUCAGCUGGUAACUCAGGGUUCAUCUGUCCAUGGCCUUUCUAAUAAACUUACAGUUGAGUUGAA